AGAUGGGGCAUGGGGGUUGCAUAAACGGUGCAACCAAGGUGUGGACGGUAUAAGCAUUGACUUGUUAGCGUGUGAUUCGGUUGGGCCGUUUCUCUUCUCUCCUUUCCAUUGCCAGAUCGCGAAGAAGAAAGAGGGGAGAUUUGGAGAGAAGAUGGCUUCGCCUGCGACGAUUCCCAUCUCCGCUCCUCAAUCCGCCGGCGGUCUCCAGCCUCAGACAGCGAUCGCGACUCCGGCCUUCCGCUCGUUCAUCUCCCGCCUCUCCUCCUCGAUCAGGCAAGGCUUCUCUCAGCGUCGGCCAUGGCUGGAGCUUCUGGACCGUUCUUCCUUCUCCCGGCCGGAUACUCUCUCCGAGGCCGCCUCUCGCGUCCGGAAGAACUUCUCCUACUUCCGCGUCAACUAUGUCGCCUUGCUCGCUUCCGUCCUCGCUUUCUCUCUCCUCUCGCAUCCGCUGUCUCUCGUCGUUCUCCUUUCGCUCCUCGCAGCCUGGUUCUUCCUCUACCUUUUCCGGCCGUCGGAUCAGCCGGUCGUCAUCUUCGGACGCACCUUCUCCGAUCGUGAAACGCUUGGGAUAUUACUCGUGUCCACUGUCGUUGUUGUGUUCCUCACCAGCGUCGGAUCCGUGCUCAUCUCAGCUCUCCUUGUCGGUUUGGCUCUGGUGUGCGUUCAUGGAGCUUUCAGGAUGCCGGAGGACUUGUUCCUUGAUGACCAGGAGCCCGCCAAUGCCGGAUUCCUCUCAUUCCUCGGUGGUGCAGCCUCCUCGGCAGCCGCUGCAGCUGCUCCUGCUGUUGCGUCUCGGGUGUAAUCCGAUCACACUUCAUUGGAUCUAAAGCAAGUGGAGAAUCCACAAAGGAGGUUCGUUUACAAUUCAACACGCACUUGGUUAAUUUUGGUUGCCUAUUCAAAUUUGAACAUGAUAUUCGAACUAGAAAAAAAAUGCCACUGACUUUGCGGGAUUUUGUUAGAUGUUCUUUGUCUAAUCUGGAUCUCUAUUUGUUUGCUAUCAUUCUCUUUGCAUUUGCAUUAUCAAUUCUGAUAGGGUUUGUAAUCUGCUAUUUCAAAUGGUUACCUUUUAAUAUGAAUCUCAGCUUUCAUUUCUCCC